AAAAUUACUUGAUUAUGAUCUUAAUCCACGUGGUCCUUGCUCUUGCUAGAGGAAAAACUCUCAUCAACCACCAGUGAGAACUCGUUAUCCAAAAGAAGUACAUAUCCAAACUCUGUCGUGAUACAAAUAAUAUGAAGACAAUGUAUUUGUGGGAUCCUUCUUUCCUCGCCAAUCAAAUGCAAAGUGCCUCCUUUGAUAGUAUAAAUGGCCUUAUUUUAGCAAAAUUUUUUGAAAGCAACACACAAGUUGAUUUCACUGAGGAUAAAGUUUUGGUUACUACUCAAAACAACAUUUCAGUCACUGCUUUUGAUUUUGAGAUCAUCUCAUUUGAGACUGCAAACAGAGCACUGUGGAAGAUUGCAUAACCUUUCAUCGUGGAAAUGUAGACUUCUUGCAGUUCUCUAAAGACUUUGAGCCGCUUAAUGAACGCAAUUCGUCAGAACUUCAACCAGCUCAUGGUCAAAACAACUCAGACAGCAUUCUGAAGCUGCAGAUCCCAAUGGCUAAAGUACUGCAAAAUAAUACUCUGAUGUUGGUUCUCUCUUGUGAAUCGUUCAAAGACCAAAUUGUUGUUGUGCAGUUCAGAGGUACAUCUCACUCUGAACUUGUUGUGUCGAAACUCAAGAAAGUUGACAUCAACAUCAGCAAAGUCAAAGCUUUGUCAGUGUUUUCAAAUUUCAAAAGCAAGACUGAGAACAUGCUCUAUUGAAUACUGAUCAACAACAAAGGACAGAUCAUGACUCUGAAGAUCACUGCCCAUACAUUCAGGACUCAUCUUCCAGGAUACGAGUUGAUGUCCAGAGAGCAGACUGAACCAAUCAGAUCAGAGAUAGUCAGAGCCAGAGAUCAUCACUGGUUCACUGACUAUGUCUCAGUGAUCAAUCACUACAAAGGCAAGACUGAACUAGUGAUGAUGCAGAUCCACAACUCUUCUCAGUUUUAUUCCCACACAUUUCACAAAGAAAUCUCAGAGUUUUCAGCAUAUUGUUACACUCAGCAGUACAUGAUGGCUUUCGUGCAAUUCUCAGAUGGAAGUAGUCUCAAACUCCAUGCAAAAAUGAAGCAAGACACUGACUUUGAAAUCAGACAGGAUCCUGUGAUUGAUCCUAUCAUUGAACGAAGCACUUCUGCUUGUCUGUAUAAUGGGUUCUUGGUCUUUGCAAAUUACUCAACUUCUGACUUAUUAAAGAUACAUAAAGCUACAUUUGCAAACUGCCAGCUCAACUUUACCAUGUAAUACAAGACUGAGGAUC